AUGGGCAGGAAGUUCAGUGGGCUGGAGAUUUCCCUGAUUGUGCUCUUCUCUGUGGUGACCAUCAUCGCCUGUGUGCUCGUGGGGCUGCUGGCCACGGGAGAGCCCGGGGUGAAAUCCCCAGACUUUUACCCACAAUGUCAGAAGAUCCCAGCAGCAGAGAGAAUUGACUGCAUCCCAGAUCAGUUGGCAACAAAGAGUGCCUGCUCCCUCCGUGGCUGCUGCUGGAGCCCCGAGAGCGACACCAGCGUGCCCUGGUGCUUCUUCUCACCCAACCAUGGCUACAAAGUGCAGGGCUCCCAGAGAUCCACCCAGGCAGGCUUCGAGGCCACGUUGAACAGGCUGCCAUCCCCUUCCCUCUUCGGGAAUGACAUCCAGACCGUGCUGCUCACAGGAGAGUACCAGACAAAGAACCGCUUCCGAUUCAAGAUCACCGACCCCGGCGCGCGGCGCUUCGAGGUGCCCCACGAGCACGUGCGGCCCUUCACGGGCACCGCCGCCACCGGCCUCGCCUACAGGGUGGACCUGAAGCACAACCCCUUCGGCCUCGUGGUGACCAGGGCCAGCAAUGGAAGAGUGCUGUUUGACACGAGCAUAGGGCCCCUGCAGUACUCUGACCAGUUCCUGCAGCUCUCCAUCAAACUGCCCAGCAGCAACAUCUACGGCGUGGGCGAGCACGUGCACAAGCAGUACAGGCACGACCUCAACUGGAAAACCUGGCCCAUUUUCAGCAGGGACACUGGCCCCUCUGCUGCAAUGGAUAAUUUAUAUGGAGCCCACACUUUCUUCCUGUGUUUGGAAGACAACUCUGGAGCCUCCUUUGGUGUUUUCCUGAUGAACAGCAAUGCCAUGGAGUUUGUGGUGCAGCCUGCUCCAGCAGUGACCUACAGAACCAUUGGAGGCAUCCUGGAUUUCUACAUCUUCCUUGGGGACACUCCAGAGCAAGUAGUCCAGGAGUACCUGCAGCUCGUGGGACUGCCAACUCUGCCCUCCUACUGGAGCCUGGGGUUCCAGCUCAGCCGCUACGGCUACACCUCCCUGGACGAGGUGAAGGAAAUCGUGGAGAGGAACAGGGCCACGGGCCUGCCCUAUGAUGCUCAAGUCAUUGAUAUUGAAUAUAUGGAAAAUAGGAAAGAUUUUACUUAUGACAAGGUGAAAUUUAAAGACCUCCCUCAAUUCGCAGAUUAUUUACAUAAGUAUGGACAAAAAUAUAUCAUCAUAUUGGAUCCUGCUAUUAGCACCCAAAGUCUGGCUGAUGGAAGUCCCUAUGGAAGCUACGUCAGGGGAACAGAGAGAAAAGUCUGGGUCAAUGAGUCCGAUGGAACAACGCUGGUCGGGGCGGUGUGGCCAGGGGAAACUGUGUUCCCAGACUACACCAACCCCGAGUGCACGAGCUGGUGGGCAGAUGAGUGCAAACUCUUCUAUGACAUGGUGCCCUAUGAUGGACUGUGGAUUGAUAUGAAUGAAGUGUCCAACUUUGUUCAAGGCUCAAAAAGAGGCUGUGCACCAAAUGACUUAAACUACCCUCCUUACACUCCCAGGGUUCUGGACAAACUCAUGUAUUCCAAGACGCUUUGCCUGGAUGCAGUGCAGAACUGGGGGAAGCAAUAUGAUGUCCACAAUCUUUAUGGUUACUCCAUGGCCAUAUCCACUAGGAAAGCCAUCGAGAAGGUGUUCCCAGGAAAGAGAAGCUUCCUCAUCUCGAGGUCCACCUUUGCAGGAUCAGGAAAGUUCACGGGGCACUGGCUGGGGGACAAUUCAGCCACGUGGGACCAGCUGAGAUGGGCCAUCCCCGGAAUGCUGGAGUUCAACCUCUUCGGAAUUCCCUAUAUCGGAGCAGAUAUUUGUGGUUUCAGUGAUAACACCACAGAAGAACUUUGCAGACGCUGGAUGCAAGUGGGAGCAUUUUACCCAUUUUCCAGGAACCACAACUGUGAAGGCUUUGCUCAUCAAGACCCAGCGGUGUUUGGACACAACUCCCUGCUGGUGAACAGCUCCAAGCACUACCUGAACAUUCGCUACACGCUGCUGCCCUACCUGUACACGCUGCUCUACACAGCUCACACCCAGGGGCACACGGUGGUGAGGCCGCUGCUGCACGAGUUCUACUCUGAUGAAACCACCUGGAACAUCGACAGGCAGUUCCUGUGGGGCCCUGGGCUGCUGAUUUCCCCCGUUCUCGAGCCGGGUGUGGAGACCACUCGUGUGUACUUUCCUGAUGCAGAGUGGUACGAGUAUGACACGGGUGCACCAGUCAAUAUUAAGAAAACCUGGCACGAUUUGCACACCCCAGCAGAGAAAAUGGGGGUGCACCUGAGAGGAGGAUGCAUUUUCCCUGCUCAGAAACCAAGCAACACCACAGUGGCAAGCCGCAAGAACCCAAUGGGACUCAUAAUUGCCCUGGAUACCAACAACGAAGCCUCUGGGGAUUUGUUCUGGGAUGAUGGAGAAUCUACAGGUACAAUUGAGAAGAAAGCCUACAUUUACUAUGAGUUUAAAGUUUCCAAUAAUGUUCUACAAAUGACUGCUACACACAGCAAUUACGCUGAUCCAAACAACCUGAAAUUUGAGGAAAUCAAGAUAUUGGGAUUGCCCCAGGAAAUAGCAUCAGUGUCUGUGUCUCAGAACAACGUUGUGCAAGAUUAUGUCCCUAAUGUCACCUAUGAUCCUGCUACAAAGGUCGCUGUUAUCAAAGGACUUCAGCUUGAACUGGGAAAAUCUUACACAAUCAAAUGGACUCUAAAUGCAAAUGUCAAUGAAAGGUUUGAUUGUUAUCCCAGCCCGGAUGCAACAAGAGAAAAAUGUGAACAACGUGGCUGUACCUGGGAAGUGUCAGCAAAUCCGGACAUUCCCUCCUGCUAUUACAGCUCUGGCAAUCCUUACUCCAUUGAGAGCGUCAGUUAUUCCUCCUCUGGAAUGGUGGCCAACCUCAAACUGGACAGCUCCAAGGUCAGGGCUGGCGAGAAUGCCACUGCCCCCAUCAGCACCCUGCGCCUGGAGGUGAAAUAUCACCUCAACCACAUGCUGCAGUUCAAGAUCUAUGAUUACCAGACCCCACGCUACGAGGUCCCAGUGCCCCUGAACCUGCCCAGCUCCCCCGAGAGCUCCAGCCAGGAGCGGCUCUACGAGGUCGCGCUCCAGACCAAGCCCUUUGGGAUCCAAGUGCGCCGCAGGAGCACGGGGACAGUCAUCUGGAACUCAGCCCUGCCCACCUUCACGUUCAGUGACAUGUUCAUUCAGAUUUCCACCCGCCUGGCAUCCCAGUACAUCUACGGGUUUGGAGAGACUGAGCACCCCACCUUCCGACACAACAUGAGCUGGCACACCUGGGGAAUGUUCACCAGGGACCAGCCUCCAACUUACAAGCUGAAUUCCUAUGGUUUUCAGCCAUUUUAUAUGGCUCUUGAAGAAGAUGGCAAUGCCCAUGGGGUUCUCUUGCUUAACAGCAAUGCGAUGGAUGUGACCUUCCAGCCCACCCCUGCCCUCACCUACCGCACCAUCGGAGGGAUCCUCGACUUCUACAUGGUUCUGGGCCCGACUCCCGAGCUCGUGGUCCAGGAGUACACUCAGCUGAUUGGGCGCCCAGUCAUGCCGGCCUACUGGUCCUUGGGAUUCCAGCUGUGCCGCUACGGCUACGCCAACGACUCGGAGGUGGCCCAGGUGGUGGAGGAAAUGAAGGCGGCUCGGAUUCCCUACGAUGUCCAAUACACGGAUAUUGACUACAUGGACAGGAACCUGGACUUCACCCUUUCCCCACGUUUUGCUGGAUUACCAGCUCUGGUCAACAAAAUCAAAGCAGAAGGAAUGAGAUUCAUCAUUAUCCUGGAUCCAGGCAUUUCUGGGAAUGAAACCAAUUAUCCUCCCUUCGACAGAGGUGUGACUGAAAAUGUCUUCGUACAGUGGCCUAAUUCCCAAGAAAUUUUAUAUUCCAAGGUGUGGUCGUUUCUUCCCAAUGUCCAAAUCAACGAGUCAUUGCCUCAUGAAGAGCUAGUAGAGAAGUAUGUAUCACACUGUGCUUUCCCAGACUUCUUCCGCAAUUCCACGGUGGAGUGGUGGAAGAGGGAAAUCCGGGAGGUCCACGACAAUCCCGACCCCGCAAAAAGCCUCAAGUUUGAUGGCCUGUGGACUGACAUGAAUGAACCAGCAGCUUUUAUGAAUGGCGCCAUGGGUGGCUGUAGGAACGACCUCCUAAAUAAUCCCCCCUACAUGCCUCAUUUGGGAUACAGGUCGACAGGAUUAAUCCACAAAACUCCGUGCAUGGAAGGUCAGCACUACCUGGCAGACGGGACCCCGGUCAGGCACUUCGAUGUCCACAGCCUUUAUGGGUGGUCCCAAACCAGAGCCAGCCUGGCGGCCCUGCACGGUGCCACCAACGAGCGCGGGAUCGUCAUCACCCGCUCCACGUACCCCAGCAGCGGGAGAUGGGCCGGGCACUGGCUGGGGGACAACACGGCAGCCUGGGACCAGCUGCACAAAUCUAUCAUUGGCAUGAUGGAGUUCAGUCUCUUUGGAAUAUCUUAUACGGGAGCUGAUAUCUGUGGCUUCUUCAGAGACGCAGAGUAUGAGAUGUGUGCCCGCUGGAUGCAGCUGGGUGCAUUUUACCCCUACUCCAGGAACCACAACGAGAAAGGAACAAAGAGGCAAGAUCCUGCUGCCUGGGAUGCCAAAUUCCACGAGAUUUCCAGGAAUGUGCUGAACAUAAGAUACACCCUGUUACCUUAUCUCUACACCUUAAUGUACGAUGCCCACGCCCACGGCAGCACCGUGAUCCGCCCCGUUCUCCACGAGUUUGUGCAGGACAGGAACACGUGGGACAUCGACGAGCAGUUCCUCUGGGGCCCAGCCCUGCUCAUCAGCCCUGUGAUGAAACCCAAUGAUCGGAGUGUGAUCGCUUAUUUCCCCGAUGCCCGCUGGUAUGAUUACCACACAGACACAGAAACUGGCUUCAGGGGACAAUUCCAAAAUUUAUCUGCUCCUUUGGAGCACAUCAACCUGCACAUCCGAGGUGGCUACAUCCUGCCUUGGCAAAGACCUGCUAACACAACAGCUUUCAGCCGCAAGAACCCGCUGGGGCUGACGGUGGCCCUGGAUGAGGAGCUCUUUGCUGAGGGACAGCUCUACUGGGACGACGGCGUCCGCAUCGAUGCAUAUGAAGAUGGUGUUUACCUGCUGACAUCAUUUAUUGCUAAUCAGACUGUUCUGGACAUCAGAGUUACACACUGGAAUUACACUGACCCCAACAACCUCAUGUUCACUGACAUCAAAGUGCUGGGGGUGCCCAGCGCUGUCACUGGGGUGACAGUGGCCCAGAACGGGGGGACAAUCCCAUCCAGCCACGACUUCACCUACGACAACAGCAAGAAGCUCCUGACAAUCACCAGGCUGCAGCUGAAGCUGGGCCAGAGCUACACCCUGCAAUGGAGCUAAAAGGGAAAACGACCUCGGCCACACCACCGCCUUUGCUCCUGCUUUUAAAACCAUUUUUCAAUUUUCACAGUGCUUUUUUCUCAUCUUGGAACACUUUUAGCCAGGUAUUUUGUGUCCAAAGCAGUCACGUGCCAGCAGUGGCACUUGAGGAGAAGCUCAUCUUUCAAAGUGAGAACUGAAGGGGAAAACUUUUCGUUUUUCAGACUAGAAUUCCUGACUUUGUAUCUGAUAAAUGUUGUACAAAAGAUGCAGUUGAAGUGGAUUUGAAGCCAUAAUUUUUUCCUAUAUUUAACUUCCACCUUAAUUUUAAUUGCACCCAUGCAAGUGAUUAUUAUGAAGAAUUUAAGGCCAGAUAAAGUAGAAGCAAAUGUUUUCACAUGACUGAUUUAGC